UAUUGUUGAUAGUAUUGAAUUACCAAAUCGUGGUAGAUGUAAAGUAUUUAUGGCAAAAUAUAAUUAUGAUCCAUAUAAACAUUCACCAAAUGAUAAUCCUGAAACUGAAGUAACAUUAUUAGCUGGUGAUUUUAUACUUAUAUUUGGUAAUAUUGAUGAAGAUGGUUAUUAUUAUGGUGAAUUAUUAGAUGGUCGUCGUGGUUUAGUACCAUCAAAUUUUAUUGAAAAAUUAACCGGUGAUGAUUUGUUUGAAUUUCAAGCACGUGUUUUAUAUGGUCAUAAUAAAGAUAAUGAAUCAGAUACAGCUAGUUUUCCACCAGAAUUUUAUGAUGCUAUUCUAAGUGAACAAAUUGGUCAUACUAGUUUUCAACAUCUUCUUGCACCGGAUGAUUUUCAUCGUAUCAAUGAUUAUAUUGAUUUAGAAGAUGCAACUGAAAUUGAUGAAGAUGUUUCUGAACCGGAAAGAGCUGAACAAGAAGCUGCCAAAACUACAGUUCCACCACCACAACGUUUAAUUGUUGAAAGACAAUUACAUAAAAGUGUUCUUAUUGGAUGGUUACAUCCAGAAUGUCCACGUACAAUGAUUGAUCAUUAUCAAAUUUAUGUUGAUGGUGUACAUAAAGCAACAAUACCAGCUGGUGAUAGAACUAAAGCCCUUGUUGAAGGUGUUGAUUCAUCAAUGCCACAUCGUAUCAGUAUUAGAGCCAUUGAUCGUAAUGGUCGUCAUUCAAAAGAUCCAGGAUGUACAAUAGUGAUUGGAAAAAGUUUGUUUGAUAAAAUUUUUUCUUUCUUUGAUAAUUUUCAUUUUAUUGUUGUUUUAGAUAUACCAUUUGCACCUUGUUGUGUAAAAGCAUCAAAUAUAACAUCCGAUUCAGCAUUAAUAUCAUGGAUACCAUGUAAUUCAAAUUUUUAUCAUGUUGUUGCUGUUAAUAGUGUUGAAGUUCGUACUGUAAAGCCAAGUGUCUUUAAACAUUUAAUUGUUGGCCUAUCAGCAAAUACAUUAUAUCGUGUUUCAGUUCGUGCCAAACCUGGAAAAUUAUUAUGUAGUGAUGAAAAAAAUCCUAAAAAAUUAGAAAUGUUAACAACAUUUGUUGAUUUUCGUACACUACCAAAAAGUCUUCCAGAUCCACCAGUCGAUAUACAAGUUGAAGCUGGUCCACAAGAAGGUACAUUAUUAGUUACAUGGCUUCCAAUUACAUUGAAUCAAUUUGGUACAUCAAAUAAUUGUCCAGUAACUGGUUAUGCUGUUUUUUCUGGACAUAAAAAAUUAGCUGAAAUUGAUAGUCCAACUGGUGAUCAUGCAUUAUUAGAUAUAGCAUCAUUGGAACAUUUACAUAAAAAAUUAAUUACUGUACGAACAAAAUCUGGUGAAAAUUUAUCACAAGAUUCAAUGCCUUGUCAGAUACCAGAUGAUUUACUUAAAUUACAAUUAAUUGCCAAUCAAACUAAUCAACCAUUAAUGAAAAGGACACAGAUUAUAAUGAAUCAAUCAGAUUCUACGGAAUCGGAUACAGAUUUAAAUCGUUUAAUACAAAUGGUUACUAGACAUAGUAAAGAAUUUGAAAAUUUAAUAGUUUCACAAUCACAAUCACAAUCUCAACAACAACAGCUACUACAACAACAACAACAACAACAACAACAAGAUCAACAACAAAAACAAAUGAUCUAUAUGAAUCAGAAUACCCAAUAUGAUAUGAGACAUCGUCAAAUGUUAACUAAUCGACAACAACAACAACAACAAACAGCUAAUGUUAAUCGUAUGAUUAGUGGUAAUCGAAAUCGUAAUAUACAUUCAUCAUCCGGUUUACAUAUAAAUGAUAAUAAUAUGACACGUAUGACAAUACCUGCAAUUGAAAUAACAAAAGAAACACCAAGCGAAAGUGUACAACCAAUGGAAAGUUAUUCGGAAGAAGAAUUUGAUCAUUCAAUGAAACAACGUGUUUAUAGUGGUGGUAAACAACGUACAACCGGUAUAUCACCAAUACCACCACAAAGAACAAGAGUUUUAAGUGAAUAUGAAAGAUCAAAUCUAGGUCCUUAUAAUCAAUUGACAACAUCAACAGCACAUCGUAGACAAUUAAAUCAACGUGAUCGUGAACAUGGUGUACGUUGGUUUGUUGCAUUAUUUGAUUAUGAUCCAAUGACAAUGUCACCAAAUCCGGAUGCAGCUGAAGAAGAAUUACCAUUUCAAGAAGGACAACUGAUAAAGAUUUAUGGUGAUAAAGAUGCUGAUGGUUUUUAUCGUGGUGAAUGUAAUGGUAGAAUUGGUUAUGUACCAUGUAAUAUGGUUUCCGAAGUACAAUAUGAUUUAGAAAAUGAUCCAAGAUUUCGUAAUAAUCCAAAUGAUCCAUUAUCACAUUUACCAAUAAGAAAAAUGAUUGCACUUUAUGAUUAUGAUCCACAAGAAUUAUCACCAAAUUUUGAUACAGAGACGGAAUUGGCAUUUAGAACUGGCGAUAUAAUCUAUGUUUAUGGUGAUAUGGAUGAAGAUGGAUUUUAUAUUGGUGAAGCAAAUGGAAUGCGUGGUUUAGUACCAUCAAAUUUUCUUGCCGAUGCUGGACCAGUUGAUUCAUCAUCAGUAGCCGUAGCAGCAGCAGCAGCCGGAGCAACAACAUCAUCAACAAAUCCAACAAACGUUCGUCAUGUAAAAAUGAUGUCAGCAACAGGUCAACAACAACAACAAAUGUCCGGACAAUUACAGGCAAAUCGUCAAAUGAAUACUAUGACCAAUAUGGGACAUGGUCAAUUAAUGACAACAACAGGUGGAAUGAUUAUGGGUCAACAAUUAGGCCAAAUGCAACAACAACAACAACAACCAGGCACUGUUUCCCAACAACAAUUUCAACAAGGCCUUCAACAACAACAGCAGCCAUACAAUCAAAUCGGACAACAACAAAAUUUCAGCCAAACAGGACAAACAACAACAGGCAAUUUAUUUCAAAAUACCCAACAACAACCGACACAACAAGGAUUAUCCCAACAGCAAAUGUUAAUGCAACAGCAGCAGCCUCAUUUACAACAACAACAAACAAACCAUCAACAACAAUAUCAACAAACCGGAACACAAUCAACAACAUUAAUGCAAACUGGUCAACAAGGUAUUCACAAUCCACAACAACAACAACAACAAAUGUUUCAACAAGGCCAACAACAACAACAAGGUACAUUCCAACAGCAACCGCAACAUUUAACUACCCAACAACAGCUUAUAGCACAACAACAACAAACAAAUCAAUCAAUGAUGGGUCGUGUUAUGAGACAACAAAAUCCAAUGAUCAAUAUGACAGGUAUACAUCAUCAAGGACAAAUAGGACAACAAGGCCAAUACAAUCCAAUGUUUCAAGGUCCUGGUACUAAUUUAGGAAAUAAACAAAGACCAAAUAGUUUAGAUUUAAAUAUGUCAACAACACCAAGAUUUGGUCAACAAAUGGUUAAUCAAACUGGUUUAGGACCAAGUGGACCAAUGAUUACUGGUGGUGGUGGUCAAUCUGGUCAAUUACAAAAUCAACAACAACAACAACAAUCAACCGGUAUGUUGGGUAGUUUAUUUGCAUCAGGUAAAAAAAUAUUGGAAGAAGCAACAACACCAUUAGGUGCACGUGGACCAUUUGCACAUCCAAAUCAACAACAUCAACCAAUGAUGGGUCAUCAUCAACCACAAUCAACAAUGUCAACAACAACAACAGCGAUGCAACAAAAUCCAAUGAUUAUUGGACAACAGCAACCACAGCAUCCUCAACAUCCACAACAACAACAACAACAAACACAAAUGAAUUUUAUUGGUCAACAACAACAACCACAACAUCCACAAUCAGCAUUUAAUCCAAUGAUGGCUAAUCAAACAAAUCAACCUGGACAACCACCAGCUGGUACAAUAAUGAAUACAAUGAAAAGUUUAUUUAAAUUAUGAUCAAAUUUGAUCUGGCCAGCAAGAGAUUAUUUCAAGAUGAAACAAACAAACGUAAAAAAAAUUGUCUGUUGCCAAAAACAAAACAGACAAAAUAUUUGUUCUGUUUCUGUUUUCAAGUGUGCCUUAAAAUCAUUGACCUCCCAAAUUUGAUUUGUUUUGUUUCCCAUGAUUCUGUUUUCUACGUGAUUCUCUUUCUCUUUAUCAUCGUUGUUCUU